UGAGGGGGGAAUCUGAGAGAUUAACCUUAAAGCUUUCUGGAGUCUCUGCUUUGAACUUAAAUAAUUUUGGGAGACUUGUUAAGAUCCAGUUACGAGUUAGGAGGCAAUUCUGCGUUUCGCAAAUAAGUGCGGAGGCUCUGUGUUUAUUUCAAUUAUUAAAACAGCAUGGGCUGCGAUUGUUUACUGAUCACCUUUACCUUUAUGAGGUUUUGAAUUUCUAAGAGAAACUAUUGGUCACACACUAAACACCAGUUGCAACGAAGCAUCCUGACAUGAGGGUUGUGAAAGUGGCCACUGGAGACGAGAAGGAGAAUACCACAGGGGCCGUACUGCUGGAAGCACCUGUUCCUUGCCCUAAGCCAGAGGAGGCCUUGGUCAAGGUACUCCGUGCAGGGAUUUGUGCCACAGACUUGGAGAUCCUCAAAGGUUACAUGGGCUUCACGGGCGUCAUAGGCCAUGAGUUUGUAGGCGUGGUUGAAAGUGCGCCCCCUAGCAGUGGUUUCACAAAAGGGUCGAGGGUCUGCGGGGAUAUCAAUAUGGCGUGUCACUGUGACGACUGCACCAUUUGUGCUGACAGGGAGUCAGUGAUGUGCCGUAACCACUGCCCCAACAGAGAGGUGCUGGGGAUAUUGAAAAAGGAUGGGACGUACGCCGAAUACCUCACCCUGCCAGUCUGCAAUCUCCAUAAGAUACCAGACGAGAUAACAGACCAGGAGGCUUGCUUCGUGGAGCCAUUGGCUGCUGCCUGUAGAAUAGUAGAGCAAGGUCUUAUCAAGACAGGAGACAGAGUGGCGGUCAUUGGAGAUGGGAAGCUGGGACUCCUCAUUACAGAGGUGUUAGCAACACAGCAAUGUUCACAGCUCGUCUUGUUUGGUCGCCAUGACAAUAAAAUGAAGCUGGCACCACCUAGUGUGGAGAGGGUCAAUGUGAGGGAUCGUGCAGCUGAAGUGACCACACAGUUUUCUGAAAAAUUUGAUGUGGUGGUGGAAGCUUGUGGGCAUCCGAGUGGGCUUGUCAUGGCUGGGGACUUGGUGCGCCCUCUGGGGACAGUUGUACUGAAGACCACAUGUGCUAUGGAUUCCGCAGGGUUUAAUACUGCAACGUUUGUCAUUAAAGAAGUGAAAAUCAUUGGCUCUCGCUGUGGACCAUUCCAACCUGCUAUCAGCCUGCUGGCAACUAAGAAAGUUGACGUCAACAAACUCGUCAGCAAAGUGUACCCCUUCCCUGAAGCCAUCCAGGCCAUUCAACAUGCAGGAACCAAGGGAACCUUAAAGAUCCAGUUGGCAAUGUAGUUAUAGGGUUCUCCACCAAAACAUGACUGAAUCUGGGCUGUCUAGUUUGUAGAGCAUAACUAUUCUAUAAUCCAAGUGUACACAUCCUUUAUCAGUAUCUCUGAUGUGACAUUAGAAAUGAAGAUUGGCUUGUGUUGAUAGUAUAUGUUCUCAUACAUGUAGUUCAUAUCUAGUCAGUAUGAUAAUAAGAUCUAUGGGUAAUAUUCUGGAUGAUGUUUAGAAACAAGUCUCUCUUGCGAAAUGCUCAUGUACAUUGUAUACUACUGGUCACUCCUAUACAAAGUAGCACACAUUGCAUUGAUAUUGGACUCGGUAUAUAACAGCUAAAGUGCAAUCCUCAAAACACGCAAACUGAAUUUUUUCAGAAUCUCUUGUGAUUCGUCAGAAAUGUUGGAUUCUCAGGUGUCGGUGAAGGAAUUUAGGGUUAAAAGCAGGGGUGUCUGGAGAAUAUUAGAGAAGCCACAACAGUGAUGGGCAUACUAGGUGAUAUUUAUUACAACUUGAGACCAAGGCUGCGUUUACAUGAAAAAUCUGUUUUCUAAAAAUAGAUUUUUCAUGUGAACGCAGCCCAAAUCUCAGACUUCUCUGAGGAAAUCCCUGCGCUCUCCAGACCCUCAUCAUACAGGUGUGCCAGGUGUACCUCAAUCAUUAAUAAACAUAGGGACCAUGCCCAGACCCUAUUGUACUAACUGUGGAUCGAUCUAUUUAUAAGAGGAUUUUUUGCUAAAUUGCAAUCGACUUAA